CAAUAUUAACGUACAACUAUUGAGGAGUCAUCAGUAAUUGUGUAGGGGUUGUUUUUCCGUUGUUGAAGUAUAGCUGAAAUCAUGACCACCCCUACGGCUACAGCUAGAAUUUCCUCAAAAAAGCAAACACUUGAAGACGCAUAUUCACCGCCUGCUAACUUUUUAGAAAUUGAUGUGUCUGACCCUCAAACACAUGGCGUAGCUAAAAAACGGUACACAGACUACGAAGUCAGAAUGAAGGUAGGCCUAGCAAGUCAGCAGGGCAAAGUCACGAAAUUAAUUAUUUUACUGUUUUACUGAGGCAGUGGAAAGGCCUUCUAGUGUUUUAACUAUUAUUUAUUUGUAUUAUCAUUUUACAAAACUCCUGAUCAAUUAUUUAGUUUUAAAUAUUUUGUUGGUCUGUUUUAUUGAAUUGUGUGGAGAACUCUUACAUAAGUCCCAUUGUGACAGAAUGUUGGUGUUUACAAUCAUUUCAUAAUAAUAAUGGCAUAAUCAUAAUGAGAUAAUGCCAAUGGUGACAUGGUCUGGUUAAGUUAAAGAGUGGGUUUUUUAGUGGCAUAGGUUUUACCAAGAGCUAUCUCAAACAGGACUGGAUUAACCAUUAGGCAAACAAGGCAAGUGCCUAGGGCACCAAGCAUUUGGGGGGCACCACAAGUCCUCAAGAAAAAUGUGUAUAUUGUCCCGGUAACGUAAUUGCAUGGCAUAAGCAAAUCACAAAUGUAAUAUUGAAUCGCACAUUAACCUUGGUCCCACAAUCCGGGGUAAAAUACCCCCCACCCAGUUUUUUCUCUCUCUUUUUUGUUAUUUUUCUUCAAGGUUUUUUGGUGUUAUUUUUUUACUUUUCUGCUAGUAAAAACAAUUGUGAAUAGGGUCAGUCAAGCUCUACAAAAUGAGCACGUGAACUUGAAAACGUGUGCUGAAUUGUAUUCUUCACUAGCAGAUCACUUGAAUGAAUCUAGGAAUGAAUUUGAAAGAUUUGAAGAAGCUGCAAAAGAAAUAACACCGACACCAGGUGUGGAUUAUAAGUCAACUUUGACCCGUAAUCGUAAACGAAAGACAGAGAUCAUUGAUGGUGAUGCCCCUGAGACAAAUUUCGUUUAUCUGCUUUUUACACAAUUGUUGACAAACUUGAGACAGAGAUGAGUAAUGUGAAGGACUAAUAAAUGCUUAUCCUGAAUAUGAACAAUAAUUUAUAUACUGAACUACAACAGUUCCACUCAUAUAUUCGCCACAAGUUUCGUUCAUCAAAAUCUGAGAACAACACGUUCAGUCAUGCAGAACUCUACAAAGUAAUAGUUAGAGACAACAUCGAGUGUGCUUUUUCAAAUGUAGAAAUUGCCUUGCGCAUAUUUUUAACAUUAAUGGUUACGAAAUGUUCAACUGAGUGCUCUUUUUCUCAGUUGAAACAUACAAAAAAUCCAAGUAGAUCGACAAUGAAACAAGGAAGGCUUGAUUCCUUAUCUUUGCUGAUGAUUGAGGCAGACUUGUUGCGCAAAAUUAACUUUGAUGAUGUACUCAAAAACUUUGCCAGACAUAAAUCUAGAAAAAAGAACUUUAAAAUGUAAAUGUGUGCUCUCUCUGACUUUCUUAUCUAUCAAAUAGGUUACAGUAUUUACAGUAUUUUUGUCUACUAUUACAAAAUUAAUUAACUAAAUUAAUUAACUAUUAAUUUUAAUACAGAAAUACCUUAUUGUAGGUUUUAUAUGAGUUAUAGCAGUACAAACAUAUGUGUUUACAUUUUCACAACUGGUUUCACAUACCAGCAGUCAGUGAAGGAUCGGGGGGCCCGGGGCAGUAGGGGGCACCAAGAUGGCUUAAUCCAGCCCUGAUCUCUAAGCCCUUUGAUAUCAGUUUGGGAAAUCCCAACCCUGGACUUGGCAUGAAAAGACCUAUAGUUGGACCUAAAUGAUGUGUAAAGAUAACGUUCCUGUUCAUAACUGAGCAUUAUUUGCAUCAUAAACUAAAUUUGAUGAUCGAUAAAGAAGAAAGUUAAUUGAAAUAUAUUGCAAUAAUGUUUCAUUGCUUUUUAUUGAAAUUGAACUUAAAAGGCUCAAAAGAAAUAAGAAGAAACUCAACCUAGAUGAAUACUGGUGAAAAAAAACUACAUUUCAGUAUCAUUACACAUACUUAAAGUGCUGGGUUUUAAUUGGUUGAAAAAAGAACUACACUUAUGCUAUUCAGCUAUUAAUUUCUAUCAUGUUGCCAUUUCACUGGACUUUACCAUAAUUUUCUCAGCAAAUCACCCUCCGCAGAACCCCUCCACUUUCAAGGCAACAUAAAAAUUGAGAAAAGAACUUGUAUCAAAUAAACAUAACGCUAAACUAAAAAUCAAUCUUUUGAAUACAAAACUACGGCUGUUAGUUGACCUGGGUAACCUCCUCGACCUAUAUAGAGUGGAAGACAUUGCCAUCCUUCUAACCCAAGCCCAAAGGCAAAGGUCUACCUAAACUAUCUUUACUUAAGGCUGUUUACUUUUCAUUGCAAAAUACAUGUACCAACGUGCCAAUUUAUUAUCACAGGCCAUCACCACCUCUUUCUGUAUAUCUGAGGAGUAAAUGCGAAGGCAACAAGACUAGCAGCUACAUAAACAUAAAUAAAAGUAGUGCUCAAGGAUGUUGUGGCAUCCCAACUGUUCAAUCAUAAUCCGGGGUGGUAAACUGAAAACACUGAAGUGUCUGAAGCCAGCAAUUGAAAAAUCCAAAAGCCAAAUAGGGUUGCAGAAAAAUUUUUUGAGGUUCCUAAAAAAUGUUAUUAAAUUUUCAGACUUAAUUAGUGUCUUUAAAAAGUUUUAAUAAUCUAUCUAUUUGUUUUAGAUGAGGCUUUUUUUCCUGUUAACUUUAAAAAAAUUAAUAAUGCAAUGAAGUAGGGUUUUAGGACAGAAAAUAUAUUUUAUUUCUUUAUGCAGCUGAGGGAAAGAGUUUGCCCUGUUUGACCUAAUUUUAACGGUUGAGAUCUACUUUAGAUGACUUUUAUUUAAGUUGUUCUAGUUAAAAAAUUAUUGUCUAUGCAAGAAUAUUUAUCUAUGUGCUGAAAAUAAAUAAGCGCAAUGUAAUAAAAAAACAAACAUUUCCAUUUAUUUCGAUUAAUAAAAAAAAUUGUAUCUUACUGGUAACAUUACUUUUUAUAAUUAUUUAAUGCUUCCUGUGAAUAAAGGUUAAACUGAUUCACUAAUACGUCUUAAUUGUUUUAAAUUAUGUGAAUUUAUUUCUGUGCCCCAGACAAAUCUACCAGUUUUUAAGCUCAAGGAAUCAAGUGUACGUAGACGCUACAGUGAUUUUGAAUGGUUAAGAAAUGAAUUAGAACGUGACAGUAAAGUAAGUAUGAACUAAUUACAGGAAGAUUUUAAUUUAUGAAAUUGACUCAAUAGUUUAUAUUGUAUUUCAAAAAAACAAAAAAACUUUUUGUCUCUCUUAAAAGAAAAGCUGAUUUAAAUUUAUUGAGAAAAUUAACAUAUUGUUGUUUUCAAGAAAAAUAUAUAACUCGUAUUUGCAUUAUUGAACAUUUUUUAAGAAACCUUUUUUUUUUAAUAGAUUAUCCUUGAACUUCAAUGUUUACAUUUUAGAUUGUUGUCCCACCUUUACCUGGUAAGGCUCUCAAACGACAGUUACCUUUUCGUGGAGACGAUGGGAUUUUCGAAGAUGAAUUUAUAGAGGAAAGGAGAAAAGGACUUGAGCAGUUUAUCAACAAGUAAGUUAUAAAUUCAAGCAUAUUAGCUUUUAAAUAAAAUUUAUUUGAUUACUUUGUUUGUGUAGAUUAGUUUUUGGAUAAUUUUUAAAAGAAAAUCGCUAGUAAAUUGAUUGUACUAUAUACAUGCCUUGAAUUUUUUUAUUCCCCAGAGUGGCUGGACAUCCACUUGCACAAAAUGAAAAGUGUUUACACAUGUUUCUUCAGGAGCCUGUCAUAGAUAAAAACUAUGUUCCUGGAAAAAUUAGAACUACAUGAGGAAUUAGAAGAGUUUAAUAAAAUCUAUCACUCCAUCUUCUAUUUUGUCAAAUUCAGUGUUAUCACUGCUUAACUUUUGUAAAAUAAAUUGUGAGAAUAAAAAAGAAUGGACUUAGCAGGUUUGACUUUUAUCAAUGUAAAUAAACUAAUGCCAUUGAAAUUAUUAAUUAGAUUUGCAAGAAAAAGACAGGAUCCUUUUUAGUGAAUGCUUAAAUGUGAGGAAAUAUUUAGGGAACAUGCAUUUCUAUACAAAAUUAUUUCUUAGCCUGAUUUUUGUAAAAUUAAAUGGAUUCUUUAAUUAAUUUUGUCCUUUAAAUUUAAAGGGUAAUCUUUCCAUAAAAAAAAUAGUCUUCAAUUUUAUCUUUCUUGUUUUCAAUCAUUUAAAUUCUGCUAUUUUUAAUACAUUAAUUUUUUUAUUUAUACAACAAAUAGUUGAAUAUUACAUUUGUAUGAAAAAAAUGUAUGAUUUGCUGAACAGCUUAUUUUAAUUAAUUUAAUUCAAUAAAGUUUUUUGGCAUCAUUUCUUUUCCUAAAUUUGUAGCAUGCACCCUUAUCAUUGGCACAAUCAUUAUUGAGCACCAAAAACAAGUUCAUUACAGUCUGUAGUAUUAAGCUAGAAAUAUAUUUUCUCAGACAGUAUGACACAUAGUUAUAUAUUUUUUGUGACUAUCUCUGUUAUCAAUUUAUGGAGGAUGAAUAAUUUUAAAGAUAGAACUUAGUUGAUUAUUUGAAGAGAUCGAGCACUGAAUGGCUCAGCACAAAAUAAACACAGUUUUUGAUUGUACUGCCAUCAUGCUAAUAAUACACAGAGCUGCAAACAAAUCAUAAUUUAGGUAAUGAAAUUCUCAAUAACAGGGAAAGGGUUGACAAUUUAUGCCCAGUGUGUUUUUAGCAUGCUCAUUUUAACAUGAGAAUUUUGUCUUUGAAUUUAACAUUUUUAACGGUGGGGGGAAGAAUUGUAGUCAUUCCUUAUUUAUUAUAUACCAACAAAAAAAUCUUCCAGGGUCCAUUGGGUGGGCUCCAGGGUUGUAUCCUAAAAUUUGUUAAGGCCCAUAUAUAAUGACAAAAUAUUACUUGUAUGUGUAUGUGUAAAUUUAAUUUAACCAAAUAUAUUUACAUUUUUGUAAACGUGUCAAGAUUUUGAGAUUCAUUAUAUGCCAUGUAAGAUAUCUUUACCAAUACAUUUGUAAUAAGCCUGUGAAUUCAUUUUUAAUGGGAUUUUAUUUACCAUGAUGUUGCUGUUGAAUGUGUAUUUGUUAUUAGCUCUUUUAUGUUUUGUUUUCUUUGUUUAAAAUAUGUGUUAUUCAAACAGUUUUUGAACCCUAUUUUGUCCCUUUUGUGCAUGAAGUACAUUUUAAUCAUUAAAAAAAUUUUCAGUUAGCAUAUUUUAUUUUCUGUGUGUUAAAUUUUGACCAAGUUAUGAACUUCAUGGUGUAUUUGUUUAACUAGGUAAUAGUUUUAAUUUUAAACUAAAAGUUACCCGGUAGUGCUUAUUGCCAGGAUUGAAUUCAAUUUAAAAAAAUAAGUGAAGGUAUUAAAUUCAAAUAAUUGUCAUAAAAAUAAAGCAAACAUGAUAAAAAAAAACAUACAUAUUACAUCUAGACUAUGUCUAUUGUUUGUGCUACAACUUUUUCUAAAUUGAAUUUCAAAUGAAAUAAGAAACAAAAACUUUUUGACUGCAUAUCUACACCCUUUGAAUAUUUUCAGUUUUUUAAAAAAAUAGCUAAAACAAUUAACAAUGGCAAAAACGUAUCACAGUUUAUUACUUAAAAUUUAUGAAACUAUUUGUGUUUAUCUUGUAUAAACCUACUUGAUGCAUUUAGUUUUAAAAUUUUAAUACAGUGGAAUAUCUUGUGUGUUCCAAUAAUUAAUUUUGUCUGAGUAGUAGGCAUACACUGUUCUUUAAAAUUAUUAAAUUAUCUUAUAAAUAUUUGUUGUAGCAUUGGUUUGAGCAAGAUCAUUAUCAGAGUGACAAUUUUAUCUCAUGUUCUGAUAUAGCUAGAAAUGUCAGUGUCUAUUAUUUUAUUUUUUAAAAUGGAAGAAUCCAAUAAUCAUUAAGUCAGAUAAAGGGUUUCAAUCCAGAAAAAGCCCUGAUGUCCAAACUGUGUACUCAGUUCAAGUGUUAAGUGUGCAGAUAAAUAUCUUAUUAACAGUGCAAGUCUUUACUCCUGAAGAAAUAACCAACAUGCAUUCAUGUGUGGUGAAAAUGUUAAAUUUUAGUUUGCCCUUGUUUAAAAAUCCUGCUGUUCUAUGUGAAUUUGUGAAAAAUUCAUUUUUUGAGGAUGCUUUGCAGAGUCUAAUAAGUUAAUAUAGUGGGACCCCACUAAAACAUUAAUUCAAAUACAACAGUCAUGGCAUGAGUCCCAUAAUUUGUUAUAUUCAUUUGUGCAUGAUUUUUUUUUCCAAAGAACUGUUAGUGAAAAAAGAAGUAUACCAAUAUCAAAUUAAUUAUAUUUUUAAAGAUGGCAGCCUUUAACAGCUGAUUUUUCUUGUUCUUUUAGCAUUUGGUGCAGGUGAUUUGAAAGAUUUACUGUGACAGAUAUUUUCCUUAAUUUUGAAACAAAGUGAAAUUAUAAAUUUACUGAAAACAUGUCCCACCCACCAUGAUAGACAAUGAUGAAGUUAGUGUUUACAAAAUAGCACCUAACUUAAAUUAAUAUUUUUUUUUUAUCAAUAAAUUAUAUUUUGGAUAUGUUACAUAGGGUAUUUUUAUUGUAUAAUAAAAUAACUAUAUAUUUAUUUUCCCAAAGGUACUAAGAGUAUUCAAUGUCAUUUUCACCUACUCCUUAAAGAUGUUUUAUCAAUACUAUUUAUUUCAAACAUUAUCUAUCAACUGACCGCUUUCUUUCUAAAUCUAAUAAAACUACACUGUCUACUAAACAUUUUUUCUAGAAAUUCAAAUAUUUGAUCCUUGUUUUUACACGUAUUUCUCUUUUCCGGUGUGUCCCUCACUGUUUUCAUCUUGUUACAUGUUUUGUUCCAUUAAAAUCAUUAUCUUUGUUUUUUUUUUUAAAACAACUGUUUUUCAUACAAAUUAUAUUAAUGUAAAACUCAAAUCAUAAUGAACUCAGAUUAAAGAAACUAUCUUGUUUAGUUUUAUUUCAGUGGCGAAAUUGAUACAUCUUGAUUCCUUUAUGAAGACCCAAGAUUAACUGAGAGGAAACAAAAUAUUUCAAAUUUGUUUACUCUAUUACUACCGUACCUACAUAUAAUAGGAAAAUUGAGAAAGUUAUUAUCCGCAUUAAAAAAGUAUAUAAAUGUGUGCAAAUCUAUUAGAUAAUUUGAAUUAAUAAGUAAAUAUUUGUGUAAACUAUUUCAGAAUUAUGUCAUUGGAUGCUUCACAAUUUCUAAAAUGUAUGUGCAGUAUAAAACUGAAAUGAUUUCUAAACAUAACAUAUUGAACUUGGUUAAAUGGCUUUCCAAGGAUCAUGUCUGCCACUGAGUUGGAGAAGAUUUGUGAAAUGUGAGACAAUGAUAUUGCAACAUUAUAUAAAUAAAAAUCGAUGCUUUAUACAUCUGGAAAUUCUGUAAUGAAUUGUUUAAAACUUUUCAAAACCAUUCUUUUUAAGUGGUUUUGUAAAUCUUUAUUAAUUUGAAUGACCCACAUUUUUAGUCAACAACUUAAUCUAUAUUAAAACGAACAAACCAUUAUUUUUUUUCUUCCUUAAAUUUUAGUUUCUGAGAGCGAGUGAGGUACAGGUAGUGUUCAUUGUUGUAAUUAAGUGUGGAUGUGAAGAAAAGUACCAUAUUAGAAAUUUAGACCAGAGUUGAAUAAUAUACUGACAAUUUCUACAUUCUACACCAGAACAAGUUUAAGAUAAUUUUUAAUCAUAAUAUUAAAAUAAUUAAGAGCAAAGUUUUAUCUUACUUUGAAAUUCUACUACCUACUGCAAAAUUAUUUUGUCCUUUGUUUUUACCAAUAUUUUGUUAAUAAUUGACGAUUUAGACCAAAUAAAAUCAUGUUGAUUAUCAUGAUGUUCAUCUACAUUUCAUUGACAGCCUCAACAGUGGAAUAAUGGUGUUGGAUGAAUUCAGAAAGUGUAUAUUAUAUUUUAAUAUUUUAAUAGGAUAACAU